CCCCCAAGGUUUGCUUGACGCCUGCGCGAGAGCCCCGGGUGUCCUCUAGGACUUACCCAGAAGGCAGCAGUUCGAUCUCAGGUCAUCAUGGCGGGCAGACCUACUGUUGCAGCAUCAAGCAAGUGGCUGGAUGGUUUUCGAAAAUGGUAUUAUAAUGCUGCUGGAUUCAACAAACUGGGUUUAAUGCGAGAUGAUACACUACAUGAGACUGAAGAUGUGAAAGAAGCCAUAAGAAGGCUUCCUGAGCAUCUUUAUAAUGACAGAAUGUUUCGAAUUAAGAGAGCCCUGGACCUGAGCAUGCGGCAUCAGAUCUUGCCUAAGGAGCAGUGGACAAAAUAUGAGGAGGACAAAUUCUACCUUAAGCCCUAUCUGAAAGAAGUUAUUCGGGAAAGAAAAGAAAAAGAAGAAUGGGCAAAGAAGUGAUCUUGUGGUUAAGAUCUGUGGAUAUGCCUGGUCUCAGCAUAUUUUUAUGAAGUUGUUUCAACCUGAAUCACAAUUUAAGAAUUAUUUGUUCUGCAGAUGCCUCACUUUAAAUAAAUGUGUAUUGAAGCCA